UUAUAUCCAAACAUUCAUACAGAGCUCUAACAUGGGGAGUAUUUUAUGCUGUACAAAGGGAAGAGAUGCUGAUCUUAAGAUGUAUACACUCCAAUCAUAUCCAUACACAGAGAGGCAAGCCUUGUUUAGGAAGGUCACACGAUUCGACUGGAACAAAAGAGCUUACAGAAGCGAAGAAAACCAAACAGACAUUUCACUAUGAGAAAACUUGAUGAUCUCUAUUACUAACGAUCUUGGGUUUAGUUCUCCGCACAUCACGCAUGUUAUCAUCUGUGAAUUCCUCAAAUUCCUUUAUCUGAACUUGCUCAAAAUAGACAUUGAAAGGAGAGAAGGAGAUACUAGCAAUACCACUAGUAUCACGAUAAAUGGAAAACCCUGUAAAGCUUAUCAUGGACUAUGAGCUCCCCCGUACAUUGACCAGGUUUGGGCCAAGUUGUAUCCGACCAAAGAGUAUCAUGAUUUCUGCAAAGAAGUGCUGAAAGGCUUCCUUCUCAGAGAUUCCAUUAUCCUCAGAUAUGGAGAUCAUGGGGAUAAAUACAAAGAGACACUUGAGUAUGCUUCGUUUAACGAAGAUUUUCUUGACAUCUUUAAUCCCUUAUGGCCUGAAUACCAUAAAGCAAGGCAUAUCUACAGGGAUUAUACAAAGUUUGUCAGCCUGAGUGUCCCUGAGCUUUUCUUUUUGCACAAUAUGGUACAAAAUUCGACUAUUCAGAUGGUGGACAAGCUCGAUUCAAGCCAGAACCAAGAUGAUUGCCCAGAUCCAUCAACAGGCUCAAAUUCUCAAUCAAGACUUAGAGCUAAAUCAAAGAUUAGAUACAAUGAAGACAGCCACUCAGCCAGCGAAAUCAUCGACAAGAAGGACUUGAAAUAGCAUCAGGAAGAAAUUCAGAGAGAUACUAAGGAAAGAGCACACAGGGCUCCCAGAUCUCAAUUUGUCUCAUUCCAAGCAAACUAAAGUUGUUUUAAGCAGCGGCGAGAGCUUUAGCCUUACUAAAUUCCUCAGCAUGCUUGAGGAACAAAUCAAGGAUAUCAAACCAGAUUUUGUGCAUAAGAUAACUCAUAGGUUUAUCAUUGAUAAUGAUACCGCUGUGAGAUGGAUUACAGAAUACUUCAUAUACCUUAGCCUGAUGAUGACUCAAAAUGAGCCCUCUUCUAAGACCGGCUGUAAGCUGGGACAGGUAAUGCCCUCUCACAUAAUCAGUGAGGUGUGGAAGGCUCACUAUGAAUUCUUUGAGAAUUAUGUUGAAGUUACAGCUAAACUUUUUGGAGGUGUCCAUAUUUAUCCAGGCCAAUACUGCCCACCAUAUAUUUACUCAGACUCGUCUCUAGAGAAAUACAGCCAGACUUUAAAAAGGUAUGAAGAGGUGACUGGGGCUAAGCCAGAGCCACAAAUCUGGACACCUCUUGAGAACUUUAAAUAUAACAGAUGUGACCUCAUUGAAAAGAUCCAGACAAUUGAAGAAGGAAAAGCAGCUGGGAUGGAACUCGAGGAGUUUAGAUCAUACCAUGCUCAAUAUAUCAGUGUGAAUAUCCACAGGUUGGUCCUCUCCCAGGGUGUUCUCAACUAUGACUUUUACCAACAAGAGGACCAAUUAAAAAAAAUCCAAAGUUUGACACUCCAUCCUACCAAGGAGGUAGGAGGCAGCCAAAAGCUUGACAAACUCAAGAAAGUACCAGACCAAGAUUUGAAGUACCUCUGGAGAGAGCUGUACCCUCACUGUAGUAAUAUUUUCGUUGAUAAAGCUCCCGGGGAGAAGAUGAGUUCAUACACCAUUAAGUUUUUCGAAGAAGAUUUCCCAAAGAUCGAUGAGAAAUUCGAAAGUAAUAUUUUUAACAAAGAAGGCAUCAUCUUUGUCUCAGAUGAGUAUUCAAACAAGAUAUGCUCUCCAAUAGAGCUCAAGAAGGAUCUCCAGGAAGGGAUUAGACAGUACUGAGAUGAUAAAGACAAGCUUGAUGAUAUUGACGACUUGUGUGAUAAUAUCUACCACAGAUUCAGCUUAGCCAAAUACAGAGAAAGUGAACACUUCCUACACGAAACAACAAAUGAUGAGAUAUCAUAAAUAGAGAUAAG